AUGACAGAACAUAAACAAAUUGCUAUAUUAUCCGUUUACGAUAAAACAGGUCUUUUGGAUCUUGCCAAGGGUUUGGUUGCCGCUGAUAUCCGCAUCUUGGCUUCCGGUGGGACUGCGAAAUUGGUCCGUGAAGCUGGUUUUCCUGUUGAAGAUGUUUCUUCAAUCACUCAUGCUCCAGAAAUGUUAGGAGGAAGAGUCAAAACGUUACACCCUGCUGUUCACGGAGGAAUCUUGGCAAGAAAUUCGGAAAGCGACGAAAAGGACUUGGUUGCACAAGGUAUCGAGAAAGUUGACUUUGUCGUGUGCAAUUUGUACCCUUUCAAAGAAACCGUUUCUAAGAUUGCAGUGACUGUUGAUGAAGCAAUUGAGGAGAUUGAUAUUGGUGGAGUCACAUUAUUAAGAGCUGCUGCUAAGAACCACCAGAGAGUUACAAUUUUAUCAGAUCCAAAGGACUACUCUGGGUUUUUACACGAAUUAAAGAAUGGAAAAAUAUCCACAGAAACAAGAAACAAAUUAGCAUUGAAGGCUUUUGAGCACACAGCUGAUUACGACGUAGCUAUUUCUGAUUUUUUCAGAAAACAAUAUGCAGAAGAUGUGUCUCAAUUGCCCUUGAGGUAUGGUGCCAAUCCUCAUCAAAAGCCUGCUCAAGCUUUUGUAUCACAGGGAGAAUUACCCUUUAAGGUUUUAAAUGGUUCUCCGGGGUACAUAAACUUGUUGGAUGCAUUAAAUUCAUGGCCAUUGGUGAAGGAGUUAUCUGCAUCAUUGAACUUGCCAGCAGCAGCCUCAUUCAAACACGUUUCACCAGCAGGUGCUGCAGUAGGUUUGCCAUUGUCUGAUGUUGAAAAGAAGAUCUAUUUUGUUGAAGAUAUUGAGAAUUUAUCUCCACUUGCAAAUGCCUAUGCUAGAGCCAGAGGCGCUGACAGAAUGUCAUCUUUUGGUGAUUUCAUUGCACUUUCUAAUAUUGUUGAUACCCCUACUGCUCAAAUUAUAUCUAAAGAAGUUUCCGAUGGUGUUAUUGCUCCAGGAUAUUCCGAUGAGGCUUUGGAGAUUUUGAAGAAGAAGAAAGGCGGCAAGUACUGUGUUUUGCAAAUUGAUCCUAAUUUUACACCUGAUAUCAUGGAAAAUAGACAAGUUUAUGGUGUCACUUUGCAGCAAAAGAGAAAUGAUGCUAUAAUCAAGGGUUCCUCAUUCAAAGAAUUUGUUUCCAAAAACAAAGAUUUACCCGAACAAGGUGCUAUUGAUUUGACAAUUGCUACUAUUGCCUUGAAGUAUACUCAAUCCAAUUCAGUGUGCUACGCCAAAAACGGUAUGGUUAUUGGUUUAGGUGCAGGUCAACAGUCAAGAAUCCACUGUACAAGACUUGCCGGAGACAAGGCUGAUAAUUGGUGGUUCAGACAGCAUCCUAAAGUAUUAGCAUUCAAAUGGGCCAAAGGUGUAAAGAGACCAGAGAAGUCCAAUGCUAUUGACUUGUACGUUUCUAAUCAAGUUCCAACUGAGGAACCAGAGAAGAGCGAAUAUGAGUCCAAAUUCGCUGAGGUUCCCGAGCCAUUAACCCCAGAGGAGAGAAAAGAGUGGUUGAGCAAAUUAAACAAUGUUGCGUUAUCUUCAGAUGCAUUUUUCCCCUUCCCUGAUAAUAUUUAUAGAGCUGCAAGAUCUGGUGUUAAAUUUAUCGCAGCACCAAGCGGCUCUGUAAUGGACAAGGCUGUUUUCGAUGCUGCAAAUUCCAGAGAUAUAGUUUAUGUGGAGAAUCCUAUCAGAUUGUUCCACCACUAG